AUGAAUUAUCCAAAAAGGUUUUCGAUUGGCAAAAUGCAUUAGAGAGUAAGACUUAUAAUUUAAUUCACAGGAAAAAGGUAUCUAUUAAUAUGAUGAAAAUUGCACUAUUCUGCCUUAAAAUAAAAAAACACAAUAUCAAAUAGAUUAUAUUUAGUAAGGAGUGUAACUAUAGGAUGUGAGUUUAGCAACCUUCUAUCUAAAGAACGGUUUGCCCUAUCGAGGUUUGAUGGGUAAUCUUGAGUUUUUUUAAAUAGGGAACAGCCACUUAAAAUAUCCCAGCCAAUUAUCUUUUAGUCAAAGUUCCCCGCCAAUUGAUAAUCAGCAGUCAAACUGCUUUUGAAUCAAGUCAGAAAGCCUUCUUUUUUAAACACAGAGAGUUUUUCUUGGAUCAUGAAGAUGGGGAAGAACAUGCAAUAAUAGCAUUUUUGAUUAUGAAUAAAAGAGAAGGAUUAAGAUCCAAAUAUUAUCGAUUUGUUGAGUAACUACCCCAAGAUGUUAAUAUGUUGAUAUUUUGGUCAGAAGAGAAAUUGAAAUUAUUGUAAGAUGAAAAUUUAAUCCGUAAAAUACACAAAAAGAGGGAAGAAUAUGAGUAGACCUUUUUAACAUUCAAAAAGAUAUUGAAUACAACCGAAGAGGAAUUCUAAUGGGCUUACACCAACUUGUACACCAGAGAUUUUGGACACAAUUUAAAAUACAAGAGCAUGGUUCCCUUUUGUGAAUUUUUCAAUCAUGAAUGUGUUGACGUGCACAUCACUCUCUUAUCUGAAGAUGAUAAACAGAAAUAGAAUGAAUUCAAUAAAAGAAAUUAUAAAUCAAUAAAAAAUCAAAAAAAUAAAAGAAAUUAAGGUUUCUAUGCUGAUGAAGAACUAUAAAGUGUUUAAUCCUCCUCGGAUUCAGAUAACUCUUUAGACCUAGAUCAAGAUGAAUCAGAUCUAGAUUACUUUAUUGCAGAUCAAAUCAUUGAAUGGACUACUUCAAAGGAACUAUUGGACUAAACAUAUGAAAUCCUUAGAGAUUAUGUUCUCCACCAAGUUGUGAGAUACCAACAGAGAUCUAAUCGAUGUGUCCGCAACGCAGCAAAGAAAAUAAUAAAUUGGAAAGAGGAUGAAGAUUUUGACUAUUUUUGUAUUAACUCUUAAAAGACUGAAAAUUUUAAAAAGGGAUCUCAGGUCUACUUCAACUAUGGAAGACUAUCAAAUAGAGAAUUAUUAUUGAGAUAUGGAAUUGCCUUAGAAAAAAAUAAAUAUGAUCAUGUCUAUUUCAGGAUCAAAACUGCAGACUUAUUAAAAAGUGGAGUGAGCAGAAUAUUUUAGAAACAAUAUUUAUCAAUUAAACUAAAAUAUACUGAAUUCCCUUUUGAUUUGCUUAAAUUGGCCAAGGCUAUUAAAGAGUAAUAUUUAAAAUAGGUUGUAGAAGUGAGAACCAAGAUUGCUAUGAUCCUCAGAGCGUGUUGAAUAUCAUCAAUAUUUAAACAGAAUUGAAAGGUUAAGAGUUCUAAUAUCCCUAGGGUUGACAAAAUCCAUAUAGUUAUUACAGGAAUUUAAAGCUGAGUUCAAAGAAGAUCUCUCUAAAGGGGAUCUCUUAUUAAAGGACUAAAGGCUAGACUAUGAUGAGUAUUUCGCUUUGGUUUAUAGAUUGGAAAAGUAAAGAAUUAUCCAGCAUAAUAUUAUAUUACUAUAAUUGGCUAAAGAUAUACUAUUAGAACCGGAAUAACUGGAAUACACUUCUGGUUCUUAUGAGUCAUCCUAAUAUCAGUAUACAUAUAGGAUAAUUCUGAAAAAAUACUUAAGUUAGAUUCUCAAACAAUGA